AAUGGCGCUAGCUCGGAAGCGGCCGAGGCGCUAGGAGUUGCCGAAGCAGGUCCGGAAGCUACCGAGCGAGUCCGGAAGUUGCCGAAAGAGAGCAGCGGAGAAAGAGGAUGGCGGAUACCAUCGCAAGACUACGGGAGGACGGGAUCCAAAAGCGUGUGAUACAGGAGGGCCGAGGAGAGCUCCCUGGCUUUCAGGAUGGGACCAAGGCCACGUUCCACUACCGGACGCUGCACAGUGACGAUGAGGGCACCGUGCUGGAUGACAGCCGGGCACGCGGCAAGCCCAUGGAGCUCAUCAUCGGCAAGAAGUUCAAGCUGCCUAUUUGGGAGACCAUCGUGUGCACCAUGCGUGAAGGGGAGAUCGCCCAAUUCCUCUGUGACAUCAAGCACGUGGUCCUGUAUCCACUGGUGGCCAAGAGUCUCCGCAACAUUGCUGCGGGAAAGGACCCCCUGGAGGGCCAGCGACACUGCUGCGGCAUCGCACAGAUGCAUGAGCACAGCUCUCUGGGCCAUGCCGACCUGGAUGCGCUGCAGCAGAAUCCCCAGCCUCUCAUCUUCCACAUUGAGAUGCUUAAGGUGGAGAACCCUGGCACGUACCAGCAGGAUCCGUGGGCAAUGACGGAUGAGGAGAAGGCAAAGGCAGUGCCGCUCAUACACCAGGAGGGCAACCGUCUGUACCGUGAGGGGCAUGUGAGGGAGGCUGCCAGCAAGUACUACGACGCCAUCGCCUGCCUCAAGAACCUGCAGAUGAAGGAGCAGCCUGGGUCCCCUGACUGGAUCCAGCUGGACCAGCAGAUCACCCCGCUGCUGCUCAACUACUGUCAGUGCAAGCUGGUGGCCGAGGAGUAUUACGAAGUGCUGGACCACUGCUCCUCCAUCCUCAACAAGUAUGACGACAACGUCAAGGCCUACUUCAAGCGGGGCAAGGCCCACGCGGCGGUGUGGAAUGCCCAGGAGGCCCAGGCUGACUUUGCCAAGGUGCUAGAACUGGAUCCAGCUCUGGCACCCUUGGUGAGCCGAGAGCUGCGGGCCCUGGAGGCACGGAUCCGGCAGAAGGAUGAGGAGGACAAGGCCCGCUUCCGGGGCAUCUUCUCCCACUGAUAUGGCCAUGUGGCCCUGCCCUACCCCGCCAAGGCCACUGCUGCCGCUGCCCGCUUGGCUGCUCCUGCUGGCCUGUGCUUCUCUGUAUAUAAAGGCCUUAUUUAUCUC